AUGGAACAUCCUACCCAAGCCAUCUUCCACAACGCUGUUUUCCUCGCUGGGAGUUUCUCUGGGGCUGGUCCCCGCAAACGUGCCCGGGUUGAGAAGCCGAAGAAGCCUGCCAAAGAGCAGAGAGACAUCACGAAGAUGUCCGCCGCGGAGAAGAAGAAGGAGAUUGCCCGCCUCCAAGCCGCAAUCAAGAAGGAGGAGGAGGAGCUAGAGAGGAAGAGGGAGAAGAUCGCGGCCCUGGAGGCCUCAAUUCUGGCUGAUGAGGCCGACGACAAACUUAUGAUUGAAGAAUGA